GUAAAAUAUUGUGAUGAACCUGGUGUUGAAUUACUUGGAAAGUUUACAAUUAAUAUGCCCGAUAAGCAUCUUGGACUUAAUCGCUCAGUUGUCUACACGCUUUCAUUUGGAGAGACAGAGAUUAAGGCCACUGCAAAGAACAAAGCUGGAAGAGAAUAUCAUACCACUUUCGAAUUAAUUUUCGAAUAG